CAGUAAGUGUUGUCACAAUCAUGCCCACAGGGAGAGGUGCGGUUCUCCAUUUUGCCCCAAACUUGUACAUUUUGGGUAUUUCUCUUAAACUCCUAUGCAAACACCUGGAGGUUUCAUGUAUCUCCUCAUUCGCCUCCCUCAGGAAUGCAAGCAGCAUAUGACGCUGCGCCUGCCUAACAAUUCUUUUGCCAAAUAAGGUAUUGGUUUGGCCGUGAUAGGAAAAUUCCAGUUGGGUUUGUCUUAGAUAAGAAGAGUUUUCUUCUUUUCUGGGCAGUCAGAGAAGUAGAACCGAAAGCAA